CUUCAUGGCGUGCGUUUUGAGCGUGGACGAAGUGGAGGGUGAGGCCUUCUAUAAAAACAUGGCCACCCAGCACGCCAGGCUCCGGAGCGACAGCGGGAUCUCCUGCUGUUCGGAGUAUCAGGAGAUGCAGCCGGCGCCGAGUCCAGGACCAAAACUAUCAGGUGUGCAGACAGACAGUGUCUCUGUUGGGGACCUCAUCAGGUUUUCCCACCAGGUGUCUCAGGGUCUGGACUUCCUGUCCAGCAGGAAUUGUAUCCACAGAGACGUAGCAGCGAGAAACGUCCUUCUGACAGAUCGUCGUGUUGCAAAGAUCUGUGACUUCGGAUUGGCCAGAGACAUCCGCAACGACGACAACUACAUCGUGCAGGGAAAUGCUCGUCUCCCGGUGAAGUGGAUGGCUCCAGAGAGCAUCUUUCAGUGUGUUUACACCGUGCAGAGCGACGUCUGGUCCUACGGCGUCUUCCUGUGGGAGACCUUCUCUCUGGGUAAGAGUCCAUACCCAAACAUUGCCGUGGAUACCAACUUCUACAAGAUGAUCCAAGAUGGCCGCCACAUGGAGAAGCCAGACUUCGCUCCGGCAGAGAUCUAUCAGCUGAUGACGCUCUGCUGGAGCUUGGAGCCCACAGACAGACCAACCUUUAAGAUGAUCGGUGAGCUCAUUAAUAGGCUCCUACCCUCGUCCAAUGGGACGUCGCCACAUCACAGCGAGCAGUCGACGUACAGGAACAUCGAUGAGUGCAGAGAAGAAGAAGAAGAAGAAGAAGAAGAAGAAGAAGAAGAAGAAGAGGCGGAGGAGGAGGAGGUCUCGCUGAAGAGAGGAGAAGAAGAAGAAGAGCGCCAUGACGACGAUGACGAGGACGAGCCGAUGAUGAAGAACAUCUACCAGCUGUCCUGAUCGACCAAUCAGAAUGUGUUUCAGCAUCUCGUGUUGUCUCUGCUCUCGUUUAAAAUUGAACACAUGCAGCUGAUUAUACAAAUACUGACGCCAUGAGUCUAAACACUCCCGCCAACCAAACUAAUCACCAACCUAACCAAACUCUGAGGAAACUUUGUUUUAAAGUCUCCAUCGGUUUCAUCAGGUUUAUCUCUGAUUUUUAUUUUACUGAUUUAGUGUUGAAGUGUUCGAUUUAACCAAGUUUUAUUGUUUUUCCUACAAUCUGUAAUCUUUUCAUUAAACUUUCUCCUCUGUGAUUGAUCAGAACUGUAACUUUUAUAUUUUGUACUUUUAAAGCGUAAAAUUAAAUUCUCACUAACAGCA